CGUUGCUCCUUUUUAUGUCACAACGUUAGAAGACUUUCAGUCGGAACACGAGGAGAUCCAGAAGCAGAUCUGAAUUGUGCAGUGAGAGACACGGGCCUUGUCACAAAAAUUCUGCAAAUAAGAUCAAGAUGCCCCGAAGCCGGGACCAAGAUCAUGGCCAGCACCGGAGGAAAAACGACAAACAUUCUUCGAAACCGACCGAUCAGCUGCUGCCGGACGAUGUUUCUGGCCGGGAUCCGUCUGCCUCGGAGAAUGAGGAGGCGGUGUCGUUUUCUUUAGAAAACCUCAGAGGACCCCACCGGAACAAGCACGCGCAACCCGCCGCGGGGGCGGAUUUGCCAGCGCCGAAGCAAGUCCGGUGUUGUCCGACGGACAUUAUUUGUUGUUUCGUGUUCCUCGCUUACGUCACGGUUUUGUUCGGGACUAGUAUCUAUCUUUUCGUCAAUUCUUCAAUAAACCAACCUCGCGACCUGGAUGGCAACCCGUGCAAGAUCCCGGGGGAAAUCCUCUGGAACCGCUACUGCAUUCCGGUAUGCAUUGCAAAUAUGUCUGGGUCUGGAAGGAUGCGAACUUGUGAUGCGCAUUUCGCAACACGCACAAAUCUCUCAUGCAGAGGCAGCAAAAACAGCCACUUCCUGUCACCAAAAUGGGUUACUUGUCAUGCGGAUUAGGCAAGCCGGAAGCUUCUCGAAAUCUGUCAUGCUAGGGCUUUCAUGACAGAUGUUCUGUGUCAUGCAAAAACAGCAUGACAAAAAUCUGCAUUCUUCCAGACCCAGACAUUUUUGCAGUUGAUAUCCGGACCCGACACACAAAAUAAAGCCCACGAACUACAAACGAGGACCUCUGCUCCCAGCCGUAACAGAACCAGAGGUGGACGAUGACGACACCAGCGCGACGAGCAACAGCGGUGAUAAAGUCAUCGAGAAGUGCCCCCGGUGGCACCCCGGGCCCGCGAUGCAGACCCAGCAGGUGCAGCGGCGGAAGAAGGACAAGCGGACGGGGAAGCUGGUCGACUUGCCCAAGCGGUGGCUGCCGGUGGACUUCGCGUCGCGGUACGUGCCGACGCUGAAUCGGUGUGUGCGGUACAAGGUUCAAAGCACCAAGUACUGCAUGCCCAGGGACACCAUGUGCUUUGGACUCACUACGAAAGCGAGAAACAACGCGGCCAUGCGAACCGCGAUGCAAUUGCUGUUGAGCGACACAAUUGUACGAAAAGCAGUAGAACAUACUGACCACGAAAAUCGUCGUGAAAACAACGACCACGACCAAGGCUUCCUCCGGCUGCAGCAACAAAACAUGAAUGAGCAAAAAUUUAUUUCUAACCAAACGCAACAGUCCGCCGCUAGUACUUCUAUAACCGGCGCUACCAGUACCACCAUCAACGAGUCCGCGGACGGCCUGUCCCUCUGGCAGCGGGUCUUUCACAAGCGGAACGACCAGUCUGCCAGCUUGACUCCGCAGCAAAUCGCGCCGGAGGUGGAUCAGUUUGACUUCAGCACGUUCACCAACGAUGAGAACAACCUGGAGUUUCGUGGGUGCUGUCCCGAGCAGGUGGCCGCGGCGUUUCCGAAGCUAUCCACGCGGGAGAAGCUCUUCCUGAACAACGACGUCGACUGUUACUACACUGACGCCUACGGCCAGUUCCUACCCUUUAACGACGCGACAAGGUCGAAGUUGGUGGAGAACUACGAACAGACGAUCGCGGACAGUGCGACGGCGAAAUCGAAGAACAAUCGGAUCUAUGCAUUGUAAAUAUGUCUGAGGCUGGAAGACUGCCAGGUUUGUACAUGCAUAUUUUGCAUGACCCAUGACGCCUGUAAUGCAUGGCCUAGCAUCACAGAUUUCUAGACAGCAUCCUGAUGCCUAUUUCGCAUGACAAAUACUCUCUCUGCGUAGCAAAAAUUGCCUUCCCUUUGCUGCUCAUGCAACACAGAUUUUUUUGGAUUCCAAAUGCAGCAUCACAAGUUACAUUCUUCCAGACCCAGACAUAUUUGCAUUUGAUAGGAUCACCCAGAUUCUCUGGCUCGUGAACAACAAGCAGAUGAUAUCCUGUGUAAAAACGUCCCCACACCAUAGUUGUCAUGCAACUCUGCAUGCUUAAAAUGUUUCUCAUGCGGGGCCCCAUGAGAAGCAUUUUCUAAUGGUGUUUUGAAAUUUGUCAUGCUCCAAUCAGCUGACGAGAGCGUGUGUGUGUGUGUGAGGAGGAUAGUUUGGAGUGCCAGGUCCGUUGGGCCCGGGGUGGCGGCGUCUUUGGGUUGAUCAACUCACCCGAAACACAAUGCCAUUCCGCAGUAGCACAGUCUGUUUAUGUCAUGCUCCAAUCAGCAUGGAGACUAGAUCUGUAAUGCUGCUGAACUAGCUCAAACAGCACUACACUACGCGUCCAAAUUUGUCAUGCCAAACAGACAAAGCUUGUGGAUUUGUCUAGCCGAUUCCCCAUCUUGACUAUGGGGUGGGUACGUUUUUACAUAGGAUAGAUGAUGAAUUACCAAAAUUUAUACGAGGAUGCGGUGAAAGAGGAAGAGCAAAGUCAAAACCCGCAAAACAGCUACCCGAACCGGCAGUCCAGCCCGGCUUUUUUCCAGAGCAAUUUCGCCCAGGACGCCCUGAACGCCUUUCGCUCGCAGCAACUCGUCUUGAAACUGGAACGGCCGAUCCUGAACCCCUCCACGACCACCGCCGAUGAUCUGUGGUCGCGGACCGAAAAGCAGUCCUCCGCCCACUUCACGAAGUCGCUGCGGUCGAAGUUUUGCGCGUCCGAGUACUAUAUCAAAUGUAGAAAUGUCUGGGUCUGGAAGAAUUCACGUUUGUCAUGCUUGUCUGGCAUGACUCUUAAAUCUGUCAUGCACGUUACCCAAGCGCUCCGUUUUUCUGUGAUGCAUAAGCGCAGUUUGUCAUGCAGAAUAGGCAACACCUAGGAGCUCAGAAACUUGUCAUGCUGAGCCAGCAUUUGUAGCCUCAUCAUGAGACGCAACCCAGCAUCACAAGUUUCCAGACCCAGACAUUUUUACAUUUGAUAUACUACGACGACGCGAACUCCAGCCAGGCGGAGGAAGAGAACGAGAUCAACGGCCUGCUGGCCAAAUACGGGUUCCAGAUCUACGACCUGGUGCGACUGGAGUGGAAGCUGGUGCUGCUGUUCGGGAUUUUCUUGCCGAUUUUGUUCGGGUUUGUGGCCAUCUACCUGAUCCCGUACUGCAUGAAGUUGCUUACCUGGCUCAUCUACAUCGUGGCCUUCACGACGAUCAUUCUCGGGAACUUUCUGCUGCUGAUCAAAUCCGGCUGGCUUCCGGAGUUUCUCCUGAACGAACUGGACGACGAGGGGCCCUGCGACUUCAUCCCCACGGUGUUCUUGUACCACCCCAGCGAAGCCGCGGGCUACCGCAAAUGGUCGGUCUUGGCCCUGAUCGGCGGUUCCGUGUUGCUGCUGCUGCUGGUGUUGCUGAAGAGACGAAUCGAUUUGGGGCUGAAAUUACUGCAGACCACCGGGACCAUCAUUUUGCAACUGCCCGGAAUCCUGUGGUUCGGCGUGUUGGGCAUCGCGCAGACCAUCGCGAUCCUGUUGGUGCUCGGGAUUCCGCUCUACCUCGCGUACCAAACCACCCCCGACGAGAUCAAAUCCAUCGCGAUUGUCCAGACGAUCUGCGGCGACUCGUUCGGAAAGGAGUUGCUCGGGGAGGACACGACGACGUGCUGUGAGUCGUUGAACUGGAUCUACUUUUGCUUCAUGCUCUUCGGCUUCGUUUGGUUCUUGCUGUAUUCCUUCGCGGUGAUGGAAACCUGCACCGCGAUGUGCGUGUCCAAGUGGUACUUCGAGCGGCACGACCCGAAGUCCAUGUUCUACGAUUUGGAGCACGACCGGGCCUGUUUCCGACCCAUCUGGUUGAUUGCCGUGGUGCUGGGGAAGCAUACAGGUAGGUCAUCAUGUGGGGGGAUAGGAUUUUGCGGAUUUCAUCAUCAUCUCAGGAAAUCGAAAUAUUUUUCUGCUUGUACUAUCAGAAUGAAAACCAAACCUAGCAAUUCUACGAAGAUGGAGCAGUAUCAACCUAGUCGAAGAUGAUGAAUAAAACGCUAGUACGUCAUUGUUCCUCCGAUCAUUCACACCAAGGUACCUGCGCGUUCGGUUCGUUCCUGCUCGCGGUUUGUUGGACCCUGCAGAUCCUGUACGCCGUUCUGGAGUGGGCCAAGCAAAAAGCGAAGAAAACGGUGAGUAGCACGGCCCGGCCGCUGACCGGGACGACGUCGGGCAGCGGGGAAUCUUCCUCGAGCUCCUGCUGCUCGUGCUGCUCGUUAGAAAAGAUUCUUCUUGCCAUCAACUACGCCAUCAUGUACAUCUGCGGGCAAGCGUUCGUGUUCGUCGCGAUCGAGGGCUGCAACUUCUGCAAGUCCGCGAUGAAGGUGACGAAGCUGAUGCUGAAACACCCGGUGCAGUGCGCCAUGAAUUUGUUUCUGACCCGGAUCGUCUCCGGGUUGCUGCUCCUCCUCGUGCCGCUCUCGAUCGCGUUGCUGACCUUUUUGACGCACAACGUGGGGCUGUUUCAGCUGUUCGCGAACGGGUUCAGUGGGAAGAACAGCUGCUCCAAAAUCGCGGCGAAUGGGGUGUACAACAAGUUUCUCGCGUUUCAGGAGGAGGGAAUCAGCCUCCCCAUGUUCUGCUGCAUUUUGUCCGUUUUCCUCAUGUUCACGCUGUGCAAGACGUACAGCACCGCGGUGGACGCGCUGUACAUUUGCAUUUACCGAGAUCUCGACUCCUUCGACGGCCGGUACCUGAACAACUCACCGGAAUUGCACUCGCUUUGGAAGAAAAGUGGCAAGGAAAGCGGUGGUAAGCACUCGUCGGAAGAGGAGGAGUAGGAUGAAAUAUGUUCUUCAGGGUUUUCAAGAACAACAUGUAGGAAUAGGGAAUGAUUUGGGUGUGCUGGCUCCCCCAGAAUGAACUCACGAAGUAUGCAGAAAAAGAACAAAAAUGCAUUUAUUGAAGAUCUUUCACAACAUGCAGAAAUUUGAGUUUCGGAUUAAAUACUCGUAUUCCACCGUUUCUGCCAUGGUGUAUCCAACUUACUAGUCUGAGAAAAUAAUCCACAAUAUAGUACCAAUUCAAAUUUUCGAUGGUGUUUACCGAGUUUCGAGUUGAAGAAAAUUUACCUUCUGAUUUCUUUGUGGCUAGAACAUUUCUUCGAGUGCUAGGAAGUUGAGUUUUGUAGUGUCGACACCUUCUGCGAAAAGUAUCUAAUGUAAGUAAGUAGUUAGAUAGUACUACUGUGUCAAAUCGAAAUCACGUUGAGAACAAAGAGAAACCACCAGACCACAAUUUUGUAUGGGGACUACAACAUAAUAUGAUCCCAGAUUGAGAAACACCACCAUGCUUGAAGAAACCG